AGCACCAAGGAUUGUUGGGGACGACCUCUGUGGUUCUUCAAUAAUGCCUUCUCGGAAUUAGAGGACCUCGAGACGUCUAAGAAACGUAAGUCUUCUUCUACUUCUGCAGAAGAUGCUGGUGCUGUACAAGGAGAAGGACAUCAAGCAGUUCUCCAACCAGUGCGGGAGGAGUUUGCCAGCGGAAAAGAACACAGCACAAACCGUUCUGGACAUGAAGGGAACAUUAAGUCUUCUCAUAGUGAAGAUGAUGAAAAAGACAACCCUUCUUCUAGUUCUACCGAUGAAGAUGAAGAGCAAGUUUCUGCUGACCACUUUGCCCAGAAGAUGCGUGCUUGGCUGCGGGAAAAAACAGGAAAAGUUUCACUCGAUGAUUAUGCUAGGGCUGUCAUAGAUUUCUUCCACUUGAAUCGAGAUCUUUUAGUGCUGUCAAAAGCAGCAGAAGAAGGAGAAGAGGAGGAAACAAUUGCCACUGGAGGGGGUUACCUUUACAAACGCAUACAGCAGUAUUUGUAUAGGGAGUUUAGGGUCCGAGAAGAGCAGAAUGUCAAGAGGAAUGCUGCUUCGCUAGAAGAACUACCUUUCGAAAAAGAUGAUACCGACGAAAUUGGAAAAAAGACGCAGGUGGAACCACCCCUAGUAGAAGAGCUUCCUGAAGACGAAGACGUAGAAGAUCUGGUGAAAUAUUUCACUGAAACUUCAUCGGACGAAGAUGCUGAGCAUUUCUUCCGCAAUGGUGGUCUACGUCGUCUACGGCAGAGAAGAUUCGAAGUCAGGGUGCAGAAUGCGGAGAAUCUACGCAGGUUGGAAGAAUUGGCCACAACAAAUGGCCUGGAGGAAGAAUUGACCACAAGAGAAAGCGUUGA